GUCCACGCCGCUGCCCAAAUUGCGCAUCGGGAAGCGCCCGGCAGCCGGGCCCGCCUUAGAGGGUCACGACGGUAGGAUCCCUGCUGAUCCAUCCCGCGCGCUUCUUUGUGCCCGACUCCGAGUUAAAAUGUUUACAUGGAUCCGGCGAUGCAAUGAUCUUAACAGCCCUUGGAGGAAGCGGACGCAGCAUCCCCUGCUUGCGGGCGGAGAGCACAGAUUUCGAUGUGGGACCGCGGAUAAAUCUGGCCCUGGCACACUCGCCGUGUGACCUUGCGGGGUGGCCUUCCCUUAUGAAACACUACAGCCCCACCGACUACGUCAAUUGGUUGGAGGAGUAUAAAGUUCGGCAGAAAGCUGGGUUAGAAGCCCGGAAGAUCGUAGCCUCCUUCUCAAAGAGGUUCUUUUCAGAGCACGUCCCUUGUAAUGGUUUUAGUGACAUAGAGAAUCUUGAGGGACCAGAGAUAUUUUUUGAGGAUGAACUGGUGUGUAUCCUAAAUAUGGAAGGAAGAAAAGCUCUGACUUGGAAGUACUACGCUAAAAAAAUUCUUUACUACCUACGCCAACAGAAAAUUUUAAAUAACCUAAAGGCGUUUCUUCAGCAGCCUGAUGACUAUGAAUCGUACCUUGAAGGCGCUGUAUAUAUUGACCAAUACUGCAAUCCUCUCUCUGACAUCAGCCUCAAAGAUAUCCAGGCCCAGAUUGACAACAUCGUAGAGCUGGUCUGCAAAACCCUCCGGGGCAUGAACAGUCGCCACCCCAGCUUGGCCUUCAAGGCAGGUGAAUCCUCCAUGAUAAUGGAGAUAGAACUCCAGAGCCAGGUGCUGGACGCCAUGAACUACGUCCUUUAUGACCAGCUGAAGUUUAAGGGGAACCGAAUGGAUUACUAUAAUGCCCUAAACUUAUACAUGCACCAGGUUUUGAUUCGAAGAACAGGAAUUCCGAUCAGCAUGUCUCUGCUCUACUUGACAAUUGCCCGGCAGUUGGGGGUCCCACUGGAACCUGUCAACUUCCCCAGUCACUUCUUGUUAAGGUGGUGCCAAGGUGCAGAAGGGGCGACCCUGGACAUCUUUGACUACAUCUACAUAGACGCUUUUGGGAAAGGGAAGCAGCUGACAGUGAAAGAGUGUGAAUACCUGAUCGGCCAGCACGUGACGGCAGCACUGUACGGGGUGGUCAACGUGAAGAAGGUGUUACAGCGAAUGGUGGGAAACCUUUUAAGCCUGGGAAAGCGGGAAGGCAUCGACCAGUCUUACCAACUCCUGCGAGACUCCCUGGAUCUGUACCUGGCGAUGUACCCGGACCAGGUGCAGCUUCUCCUCCUGCAAGCCAGGCUCUAUUUCCACCUGGGCAUCUGGCCAGAGAAGUCUUUCUGUCUUGUCUUGAAGGUGCUUGACAUCCUCCAGCACAUUCAAACCCUAGACCCCGGGCAGCACGGGGCGGUGGGCUAUCUGGUGCAGCACACGUUAGAGCACAUCGAGCGCAAGAAGGAGGAGGUGGGUGUGGAGGUGAAGCUGCGCUCCCACGAGAAGCACAGAGACGUCUGCUACUCCAUUGGGCUCAUUAUGAAGCAUAAGAGGUAUGGCUAUAACUGUGUGAUCUAUGGCUGGGACCCUACCUGCAUGAUGGGACACGAAUGGAUCCGAAACAUGAACGUCCACAGCCUGCCUCAUGGCCAUCAUCAGCCUUUCUAUAAUGUUCUGGUGGAGGAUGGUUCUUGUAGAUAUGCAGCCCAAGAAAACCUGGAAUAUAACGUGGAGCCUCAAGAAAUCUCACACCCUGACGUGGGACGCUAUUUCUCAGAGUUUACCGGCACUCACUACAUCCCGAACGCGGAGCUAGAAAUCCGGUACCCAGAGGACCUGGAGUCUGUGUAUGAAACGGUGCAGAAUAUUUACAGUGCAAAGAAGGAGGACAUAGAGUAGCGUCCCGUAGAGGACACCGAGCCUUUGCCGCUGCCGCUGUCUCCAGGAGAACAGGAUUCCGGAAGAAGACGUCUCCACGGAUCCCUCUGGAUUCACACCACCAGGAAAGCACUUAACCAGUAGCGUGGUUGCCUCCCACCGAGUUUAGACAACGUGUGCUCUCCUCCAGCUGCAAAGACAAUGUCGCUCUCCGCCUACACUAGUGAAUUCAUUUGACGGCACUGUGUUCAGUGGCAUGGCUUGUGCGCUUGUCCUGUGGUGACAGUUUGUGACACUCUGUCUUCAUGAGGCCUCACAGUCGACACUCGUAGAAUCAUCCUUCCCGCCCACUUCCCGUUACGUCUGUCUACACUCGUCUCCGACCGUUUCAUUUGCCGGACGGAUGGGGUUCCAUGUUUGCACCGGUUCCCUUCUGGUUUCGCCGUGGAGCGCGCACGGCCCGGAGCCGGGACCGCUUGUCUUUUCGCCCUGCGUGUAGUUGCUUCUUCAGAGGCGAGGCUGCGAGCGACGGCAGCAGCAUACGAGCGGCGGGGACGCGAACACGCGGAUUGGUCAUCAGAACCGUUCGGCUUUAUUUGUCCCAAUACGUAAAACAGAUUUCAGCCGCUUUAUCUCUUCCUUUAUUUGAAGCGGGAGCACGGCACAGCGUUGCCCGCCACGUUCCUCCCAGGUCCGUGCUCCUGUCUGCGAAUCCCCAGUUUUCUGUUUCCUUGCGUGAAAUCUUGUGAGAAAGUGCACCGUAAUGGCCUUUAUGGAUGGAUUUUCCCACAUUCGUCUACUCUCCUUCCCUUUGAAAUAACUACUUUUUUCUCUCCUUUAAUUUUAAAAAUUAUUCCGGUAUCAUAAAUAGAUCUUAAGUCAGUGAUGGGUUCUCUUUAUAGUAGGAAGUACAAUCUGGUGUUAGAAUGUUCACUUUUAGAAACCACACGCCGUGGUCUCCAAAGACCUAAAGGAGGUUUCACUUUUGUAAUCAGAAAAAAAGAAAUAAUGAACCUUACGCAUUUUUUAAAGAGGAAAGAGGAGGGUCCGUGUCCCCGUCAUCCCUUAGAAUCACUCUUUGACCCUGCCGGCUGUGGCAGGGUGGACGCAGGUAAAACGUCUUUAACCUGAGGAGUGUCGAUCCGUGGGGAAGGAGGCAGGAGCGCCCUGCUUUCUCGGGUCCCCGCUGCCCUGAAGGUCCCACUGGCUCCUGCCCCCCACCCUUGGUCCCUGAGCUCGGGGGCACCGAGGCCCUCACAGCCCCGAGCGCCCGCCACUCUCGACCUGCCGGUUCUCACACGAGCUAGCUAAUUCGUAGUUAACCAGUAGACGCUACCUUCGGGAGUUAGGACCUAGUUACAUUACUCUCUGAGUUGCAAAGAAUCCAGUCGCCCUGGUGAGCGAGGCUUCGGGGGGCUGUGAUCCGACCCCAACUCGCCGCCCUUCUGUGCAUUUGCAUGUGGUUCCCCACACCCUGUUUGAUGACUGCCUCAUUUCCCCCUUUGGAAGCCCUGGGAUGACCGAGGUUUGGGGAGGCCACCCGAGACCACUUAGUAGUCACUGACGGCUGGUGAGCAGUUAUUAGAAAGAGGCGAGGGUCUGGCCGGCCCCUGCCAGCCCCAGCUCGCUGUCGCCAGUCAGAUCCAGAGCCUGAUGGUUUCGAUCGGCCUGGGAAAUGUGACCACUCACAGCACCCAGCCCGCCGAGGCCGGGGGUCUUACACUACUCUCGUUUGAAGGUGAGAACUAGUUAGUCCAGAGGUAAUACUAACCAGAUGCAUUACUAAGAAACUGUGGAGCAUGCUGAGUUAUAAUUGUUGGUUUUCUGGUUUGAUUUCCUUUUUCCUUAGAGUAACAUCAAAGCCAAGAAGGAUGGUUUUACCUUUACUGACCCAAUGUAAAUAUGUAUCUAGACCGUUUUUAAAUGUGUUUCUUCAUGAAUGCUUCAUUUGGCUCCAGGAAGCCUGUGUCACCUGUGUAAGUUGGUAUUUGGGCACUUUAUAUUUUUCUAAAAACGUGUUUUGGAUCUCCUGUACUCUAAUAAAUCAUAAGUUUCUUUUUAAAAUUUUUUCCAAAAGUUUUCUCCAUUUUAAGAAGUCCUGUUAUAACAAAGUAGGACUUUCACAAUGUUAAAAUACUAACUAUUUGAAUAGAGUGACUUCUUUUCUCUUCAAAUGAAUGCCAAGAUUUUUUUGUACAAUGAUUAAUAAAUGGAACUUACCCAGAGAAUCCACACAAGCGGCCUGCCCGGUCUCGUUUCGGAACAGAAAGCCCAGCCUUGACGGCAACAGAACGUCUCUGGCUUCUCUUCUGAUCCAAACAUGCAAAACUUGGCUCUGCUGAAUUUUUCUUAACGUUGGUGAGUGAACAGGGUACUUUGUUCUGCGGGUUCCUUGCCAAACAGCAAUUUUAGAAGCUGGCUAGGAGUAUUGAGGGCACCUGGUUACAAUGCGAACAUUGCAGCUUUUUGCUGCUGUUAGAGUACGUGUACAAAAGGAGAAGGGCAGGUGCCCGGUGCGUUGUUAACGAGGUGAUAGCUGCAUGACGUUCCACGUGUCCACAACGCCCUGCCGAGCACGCACUGUCCGUGAUGCCCCCGCGUGCCGUGCCGUGCGGAGCGCAGCGGUCAGGGGCCACACGGUCACCGGUUUCCUGCACCGCGGUGGUCCCAGACCUUUAACGUCCUGUUGUGCGUUGUGACUUCAUGAGAGGACAGUGUACUGUGCUGUGUCUUCCCUGCUUAGACCCCAGAACUUUCCUCUGCCACACGGACGGACACACACACACACACAGCAUCCCCGAGGUCCAGGGUUUGCAGACGCGCUUUGGGAAACACUGUGUGUGUCCAAAACUAGUCCACCGUAUCCUCAGGCUAGUGUGGCCAGGCGUCUCUCUCUCUCUCUCUCUCUCUCUCUCUCUCUCUCUCUCUCCCUCUCUCCCUCUCUCUCUCUCCCCCUCUCUCCCUCUCCCUCUCCCUCUCCCUCCCUCUCUCUCUCUCGUUUGAAAACUUUGGUCUAAUCCGAUUUUGAAAGGCUGGCUUCACGUUGCCUCCACCUGGACCUCAUGGUAGCUUCUCCAUCAUAAGUGAAUUUCCACCGAGAGUUGUUUUUCGCCGAAACCAGCAUUCGUACUGUUGCUAAAUCGGUUUUGCGUUUUACAAUACCUACUUAAGGACUUGUUCUCAUUUUAAAAUGUCUCUUUCUUAACACAUGAAAUGGAGUCAGACGCUCACGUUCUAGGCUCUCUUCUACCGCUAGAAGGGAAAAUAACUUGUUUUCCUUUCUCCAUAUUCCAAGUACAUAAAACUGGAUUACCAGCAGCUUUUUAAUUUGACAAGUAACCUGUGGCCAUAGCAAUCCAGAUGUAGCUCUUUAUGUGUUUCUGUCUGUGUUCUGGAGGAAAGGAGUGAAUGUUCACCCAGACGAAAUGCAGAAUCUGGCCCUGUGACCGUUCAUUUCUGGAGAUGUCGAUGGUUGUGGUGCAUGUGUUAUUUUGUAUCGCAAGCUUACUUUGAGCCAGCACUGGCCUCACCUAUAUUCUUCACGGCAACCCUCCGAGGCAGGGCCGGGCGGUGGAUUAUUGUUGCGGGCCACGUAAGGUCACGUGUUCUUUGUUUUCAAAAACGUAGACGACCUUCUCAGCUCGAGGGCUGUAAAGAAAACGGGCUCUGGGCUGGUCUGGCCCAUGGGCCACCGUCUGCCGAGCUCAGCCAAGGUGCGGGCCCCGCCAGCGUCCCACCGAGCAGACCAGACGGGGAGCCGGAGCGCACCGCGCGCAGGUGGGACAGCGGGCGGGGGACCCGGGGACCCGACCUCCGAGCGCCAGCUCUUGACUACCACACUACCGCCAACUUUAGCAACUACCUCGCACUGGUUUUAUCCUUUGCAGCCACGUUAACUCCUAAACGUUUCAGUUCUGAACACUUAGAGUCUUGAGAGGAAAGGACAUUCCUUCGGUGAAUAAAAUUCUGUGCAAUUAUAGAAUAAAUGUAUUAUGGCCAUUUAGCGAUGAUUGUAUUAGGGUAAUGCUAGUUCUGUAAUAAAUAGACCCAAAAAUA